AUGUUAGGUCGUAUUAGACCGUUCGUACGGUAUAGUGUAUUUCGUGCUGGCACGUAUCGAACCCUUUUCACGUCGCCCUACCGGAUGCAAAUCUCGUUGAUCUACAAUUUAUUUGCUACUUGUAAUUCGUGCGGAAUCAAACUUCAAAAUGAAAACCCUCUGAAGCCAGGUUUCUACAGACCGCCUUCAGCAAGGCCCAAACUAGUCAAGCCCGAAGACGAAUCGUUCAAUCGGCUCAUGGACGGUUUGCUGGUGGAAGAUCGCAAAUUAUUGUUGAACUCAAGCGAUGCUACUCUUCCCCAACCUGUUACUGCGUCUACAGCGGCGGCAACAACUACCAACACCAAGAAAGAGGGCGACAUACAGUGUAUUAGAUGUCGUGAAGCUAUGUAUAAAUCGAAUUUUUCGUGGGACGAAUUGCCAGUGGAAUCAAUAGAUAAAAUUAUGUCAACCAUUCCUCCAGACGGAAAUGUUGUCUAUAUUGUUAAUGCGGUUGACUUUCCGCUCUCUCUAAACAGACUGAUCUUUAAGUACCGCAAUCCGUCACAGAUUACCUUCUUGGUAACGAAAUGUGACUUAUUGUUUCCUUCAGCUCAACUUAGUAACAGGUACGGUGCAACUUUUUUCAAAGACUAUUUAUCAAGAACACAUGGUGCCGACCCAGAAAAGGUAUUUGUAACUAGUGGCAUGAUAGAUUGGAACAUGAAGGAUAUCAUUAAGGCUUUGCCAGAUAAUAGUUAUAUGGUCGGGGGUGUUAACAGUGGCAAAUCAACAGUUAUAAAAUCCUUGCUAUACACAAUGGAAAAAUCGAAACCGAACUACCUCAGUUCAAAACAGCAAACUAAACUAGAAAAACAGCAAGAUAGAAUGAUUAACUCAAAUGCGGUCAAUAGGCAUCAACACACUAAGUCGCAGAGAAAGGUUGAACAAAAGUUUAAAAUGACCUACGGCCCAGGAACAUCAUAUAUGCCUGGUUUUACUCGAGGACAUAUUGUACAUGACAUUGACGGUAAGACGAUAGUUGACGUUCCUGGUUUUUCUGCCAAUGAAUCCCAUGGUAUCUACGGUUACCUUGAUCCUUCCACAAUCAAAACAUUAUCAAAAGGAGUCAAAGUACAUAAAAGAGGGAUGUAUGACUCCCUUUACGAAUCCGUCAGAAAUGGGCAGGUUCUUACUAUCGGAGGCUUAUUUUAUCUCGCUACGCCGCAAAAUGCUGUUUACCAAAUAAAAAAUUGCAUCAACCAUAAAUUCCAUGUAUUCAACAGCAUGGAUAAAGCUAUUUCUAUCUUGCAAACCAUCGAAAAGAAUAAGGCGUUGGAAAAUGUUUUUCUCGUGAAUAAGCAAUCUCUUGAUAAACUCCAAAAGUUUAUCAUCCCUCCUUUCUACGGUAGUAUCGAUCUUGUUAUUAAAAACUUAGGCCAUUUAAACAUCACUCCUACUGGAAAAAAAAUUGACAAUGAGCCGUUGGUUAUAUAUUUACCUGAAGGGGUGGAAGCGAUCAUUAGACAACCAUUGACGAGAUAUAUCACAAGAUCUUUAGCAGGUAGAGAUAAAAAUGGUAAUCCAUUGCGUAAAGAAUUAUGGAAAUCUAAGAGUGUUACCCAUUUGCAGAGGUUUAAUGGCACAACACCAUUUGCAAGUUUAUUAAUCCCUUCUACAGGCUCGGAUAAUCUUCAGUGUAUAUCAGAGUAUAAUUCUAAAUUAAACGAUACACCAAUAACUUAUGAUAACAAUACCCAUCUUGAUGAAUCUAAUAAGUACAAAUACUGGGUUAAUAUAUAG